AUGAAGUUUCAGAGCACUUUGCUUCUUGCCGCCGCGGCUGGUUCCGCGUUGGCCGUGCCUCAUGGCUCUGGACAUAAGAAGAGGGCGUCUGUGUUUGAAUGGUUCGGAUCGAACGAGUCUGGUGCUGAAUUUGGGACCAAUAUCCCAGGCGUCUGGGGAACCGACUACAUCUUCCCCGACCCCUCGACCAUCUCUACGUUGAUUGGCAAGGGAAUGAACUUCUUCCGCGUCCAGUUCAUGAUGGAGAGGUUGCUUCCUGACUCGAUGACUGGUUCAUACGACGAGGAGUAUCUGGCCAACUUGACGACCGUGGUGAAAGCGGUCACGGAUGGAGGCGCGCAUGCGCUCAUCGACCCUCAUAACUAUGGCAGAUACAAUGGCGAGAUCAUCUCCAGUACAUCGGAUUUCCAGACUUUCUGGCAGAAUCUGGCGGGCCAAUACAAAGAUAACGACCUGGUCAUGUUUGAUACCAACAACGAAUACUACGACAUGGACCAGGAUCUCGUGCUGAACCUCAACCAAGCAGCCAUUAAUGGCAUCCGCGCUGCAGGUGCAAGCCAGUACAUUUUCGUCGAAGGCAACUCCUGGACCGGAGCCUGGACAUGGGUCGAUGUCAACGACAAUAUGAAGAACUUGACCGACCCAGAAGACAAGAUCGUCUAUGAAAUGCACCAGUACCUAGACUCCGACGGUUCCGGCACUUCGGAGACCUGUGUCUCCGGGACAAUCGGAAAGGAGCGGAUCACUGAUGCUACACAGUGGCUCAAGGACAAUAAGAAGGUCGGCUUCAUCGGUGAAUAUGCCGGGGGGUCCAAUGAUGUGUGUCGGAGUGCCGUGUCCGGGAUGCUAGAGUACAUGGCGAACAACACCGACGUAUGGAAGGGUGCGUCGUGGUGGGCAGCCGGGCCAUGGUGGGGAGACUACAUUUUCAGCCUGGAGCCCCCAGAUGGAACUGCUUACACGGGUAUGCUGGAUAUCCUGGAGACGUAUCUCUGA